GGCUGACCCGGGAGCAGGAAGUACCGGCGGCUCCUCCCUUUGCCCUCCCGCUCCCCUCCUCCUCCUCGCCCAUGUCCAUUCCAAGAUGGCCGGGAUCCCUUUGUAUUUUGUGGAUUUGCAGGAUGACUUAGAUGAUUUUGGGUUUGAAGAUUAUGGACCAGACUGUGAUAGCAUGAGGAUAACGGCAUUCUUGGAUAUUCCUGGACAGGAUAACUUAAGUCCACUGGCUCGUCUAGAAAAAUAUGCCUUCAGUGAUAACAUAUUUAACAGGCAGAUUAUUGCCAGAGGUCUUUUGGAUGUCUUUCGAGAUUUCAGUAAUAAUGAAGAAGACUUCCUGACUGUAAUGGAAAUAGUGGUCAGGCUCUCUGAAGAUGCAGAACCAACUGUACGUACAGAGCUGAUGGAACAAAUACCUCCUAUUGCCAUCUUUCUGCAAGAAAGUCGACCAAAAUUCCCAACAGCAUUUUUUGAAUACCUUAUGCCCAUAGUAGUGAGAUACCUCACGGAUGUUAACAAUCAGGUUAGAAAGGCAGGUCAAGAAGCACUGCUUAUACUGCUAGAACAAGAUCUUGUUGCUCAGAGUGACAUUGAAAAUAAGGUGUGUCCGAUUCUGUUGGACCUCUCUGCUCCUGACAGUGAUGAUGAGUACAAGGUGGAAGCUGUGAAUAUAAUCUGUAAAAUGGCUUCUAUGUUGAGCAGAACAACAGUUGAGCACCUGCUACUUCCUCGUUUUUGUGAACUGUGCAGCGAUGGGAAAUUGUUUCAAGUCCGGAAGAUUUGUGCAGCAAAUUUUGGUGACAUUUGUAAUGCAGUUGGGCAAGAAGCCACGGAAAGACUGCUGAUUCCCAAGUUCUUUGAACUCUGUUCUGAUAGUGUUUGGGGAAUGAGGAAAGCUUGUGCUGAAUGCUUUAUGGCAGUGUCUUACACCACAUCCCCAGAAGUUCGCAGAAGCAAACUAUCUCCGCUGUUUAUCAGUCUUAUUAGUGACACUUGCAGAUGGGUUCGUCAGGCUGCUUUUCAGUCUCUUGGCCCGUUUAUUUCUACCUUUGCAAACCCUUCAAGUGCUGGUCUUUACAUUCGAGAAGAUGGGACACUGAGUAUCCGGCCAUCAACACAAGAUGUGAAUUCCAACUCCUGUCAGCCAAACAACAAUAUAAAUUUAAUGUCCUCUAGUACAAAUGCUAUGCUGUCCAGUUCAGAACAACCAAUGGAAAUCAAACCAGAACCAUCAACUGAGGAGUCUUCAGCUGAAGUUAAUACAAAGCUCUUGGUUGAGAAUCUAAAUAAAGAUACACAAGCAGAAAGUUCAGAUUGUUGUACCAAUCCUGGAGAAGAUGUUUCUCAAUUGUCUCAGGGCGACAAAGUUGCUGCUGGUGUGCUAGAGGUCACUAAGGACAGCAGUUUUCCUGGAAUGAACUCAAGGCUACAGUCUGCUGAGGACAUAUUUAAUACUUUCCUCUACUGGCGCCCUCCUCUGCCUGAUAUAAGUCAGGAUCUGGAGUUACUUCAGUUCAAGACUGAAAAGCACAAGGAUAGCUGCUCUGUGCCGUGUAAUAACUGUGUUGCUAGUAGUGAAAUAAAAAAAGUUCUAGAAAGCUUACAGGAGCACAUAGAUGAUCCAGAUGUUCAAGCUCAGGUCCAAGUGUUGUCUGCCGCUCUCAGAGCUGCUCAGUUUGAUUCUGUUGGUGACUAUGAGACCAAAAAAACUGAAGAAAGCAGUGGUGAACUUCAGAACAAAACUAUUUCAGAUGAAACAGCUGUUUCAAAUGCUAGCUGCAACCAGGUGGAGGAAGACAGUCUUUCAUCCCGUGCCUCCCAGAAUAACAUCAGUGACCAGUCUACCACCGGUGUACUGAAAAGCACAGGCUCAGAAGAACAACACAGAGGAACCAGUGUAUUUUUAAAGAAAGAGCAAGAAAAUAAUUCAGCAUUUGAAGAUGACAAGUCAAAAUUACAGGAUAUCAUACCUCAACCUUUGUUAGACCAGUACUUGUCAAUGACUGACCCAGCUCGAGCCCAGACUGUUGAUACUGAAAUAGCCAAACACUGUGCAUAUAGUCUUCCUGGGGUGGCCUUAACACUGGGCAGGCAGAACUGGCACUGCCUGAAAGACACAUACGAGACACUGGCCUCAGAUGUACAGUGGAAGGUACGUCGGACGCUAGCUUUCUCCAUACAUGAACUAGCAGUUAUUCUGGGGGAUCAGCUAACAGCUGCUGAUCUGGUGCCAAUUUUCAAUGGAUUCUUGAAAGAUCUGGAUGAAGUGCGUAUUGGUGUCCUUAAACAUCUGUAUGACUUUUUGAAGUUACUUCAUGCGGACAAAAGGCGAGAGUAUCUUUACCAACUUCAAGAAUUUGUGGUGACUGAUAACAGCAGGAACUGGAGGUUUCGUUAUGAGCUGGCAGAGCAGCUGAUCCUGAUACUGGAACUCUACAGUCCCAAUGAUGUCUAUGACUACUUAAGACAUAUUGCACUAACUCUCUGCUCCGAUAAAGUUUCAGAAGUUCGGUGGAUCUCCUUCAAACUGGUUGUAGCAAUACUACAGAAGUUCUACGCAAACAAUGCAAAUGCACUGGGAUUAAAUUUCAUUAAUGAACUUGUAGUGCGGUUUCGUCACUGCUCCAAGUGGGUUGGAAGACAAGCUUUUGCCUUCAUUUGUCAGGCCGUAGUAGAAGAAGAAUGUAUGCCUGUCGACCAGUUUGUUGAACACUUGCUCCCCAGUCUUUUAAGUCUUGCUUCAGAUCCCGUGCCAAACGUAAGGGUUCUACUCGCCAAGGCUCUAAGGCAGACGUUACUGGAGAAAGCUUAUUUUAAAAGUGUUGGCAAUCCUCAUCUAGAAGCUGUAGAAGAGACCAUUCUAGCCCUGCAAUCUGACAGAGAUCAAGAUGUGUCCUUCUUUGCCACCAUAAAACUAAAGCAGGGAGUCUUCUAUAUCUUCUACUGCUGCAGUCAUCCUUUUGGCAGUUCCAGACACUCACUAGCUGCUCCAUCCUGUGCUCAACAACUUCUGCCAACUACUGCAAAAGAAUAUCUGACUUCUUUUCUCUGCAGGAUUUUAGCUGAUGCAAAAGUGGGGAGAAUAAAAUAGUCCCUGCACCCCCCGGUAAAGCCUACCCACAUGCUUUGAGUUGGGGCACAAGGCACCUAUGUAGUAAACUGGAAACACAAAUUAAAACAGCCAUAUGGUCUUUUUAUUACACAUUACACAUAUUAAACAUGUAGAUGGAGAUCUAUCUAGACUUCAACAAAGAAAACAGGAACAUAAAAUACAGGCAACUUUGGGUGCUUACCCGAGUUACUACUUUGUUUCUCUGCUGGUUGUCUUCCAAGUGAGUUUGUCAUCGUAGUGGAAAUCAAAAGUUGGGCAAGAACAAAAAUCUUUCCGUAAUCACUCUGGUGCAUUACUUUGUGGUGGUCUCUGGUAAGUUUGUGUAGGCUGUUACAUCACACAUGCAGAGUGUACUUCUGUGAUGUCAGUUUAUGCUGCCUGAAUAUUGUAAUAUGCUUAUGAUACACGGGGGGAUCUAUACUUGGAGGGGCUUUAAUGACACAAGGGGAAUGUCUAGGGGAGUGAAGAAUUACUACCAGGUCUAGACCCCUGUCCUUAUAAAGAUUCCAAGCUUUUUUGAAGAGGCAAGUCUCAAGAACUUUUACUGGUCAGGAGCCACUUCUUCACCAUGCCUUCCUUGCCCCUACAGACCUUCAGUGUCCAGCUCCAUCUAGCUGAAACUAAUGAGAUCUUUUCACUGCCUCAAUGCCAAAACGACUUGACUCUGAGGAAGCUUAAGUCCCCUUUAGAGUUGUUGGCUGGGAUCCCCCUUCAUUUCCAACGCCUUCAGUACCUGGAUGAAGCAGAUCUGCCAGAUGAGUCUACUUUUGAGGACAAUGACAUUGUCCCUGGUGGAAGGAUUACAAUGCGCAUCUGGCGACAAGAUGGCUGGGGUCAUCUUGUGGCAGCUGCUGCAAAAGGAGAUACUAUGAAGGUUGAUGCCAUUACUUCUGUGAAUGGGUGGGGUGCUGUGUGUGGAAAAGCUAAAAGCCUAUUGCUCAGGGUCUAAGUACUCUUAUAAAGCAAGACUUCGUAGAGCAAACAGUGGGGAAGUCUUUAACGGAAGAGACUUGCCAUAGAAAGGAAGUAGGUUAGUUGUACUGGCAACAGUUCACAAUGAAAAUGGUAAUUUCAAGGCGGCUGGUAAUCCAAAACCAAGGAGUCAAUCCCUAAUGCAGUCUGUUCAAUUUAGAAAUAAGACGAUUUUUUGCUCUUACUAGUAAGCAGCACAUAUGCUUGGAGUGCAAGUUCUUUUCACUGUUCUAUAAGUUUUUGUAGCACUCAUGUGAGUAUACUUUCAGAUUACUUUUCUUGUCCCUGCUUAUCCUGAUGUCCAAAAAAUUUUGCAUUUUUUAUUCAGCUGCCUGCCAUUUUACUCUUCUGAUGUCUUCUCAGCCAAAGAUACUUAAUCCCAGUGUUUUUCAUAUAGAUAGGAGAAAUAAUACAUAGUAUAUAAACAAGGCCUUUUUUUUUGUUAUCUUAAAAUAUCAUAGAAGAUUAUCUGUUCUUGGGUAUUAUGGUGAGGCUGAAUGACUUGUCUGUUGUUAUGAGAAUCAAGGGCAGAAACUCUGUUUCACAGUCCAUCCUCUUCUGGCCAUACUGACUCCAGAGUAAGAAUGAGACUCUAUGUGACAGUAUCAAAAUCAAAAGUCAGAAAACAUUCCCUGUCUCAUCUACUUUAUCUGCUGCUACCUUACGGACCUUCUUGAGUCUGUGAUCCUGUCAAGUCUGAUUAAUGAGAAACCCAUGGUGCUUUGUGGAAGAUGCAGCCUGACAUGGAAACAGUUUCUCAGGAAGAACAGCAGCGUGAGGCACCUGAAAAUUGUUCCUAAGAGGCCUCUUGGCAACACUUUAGAACUGAUGUGCUUGGGUGUAUUACCAAAAAAAGCUCCUUCUGUGAAAGAAUGCAAUACAGGACUGUUCUGAGGCAGCUUAGGUUUAUGAGUUGCCUGCUGGAAUUAAGGCCUGAUGUCUUGUCUACCUUCUAAGGAACCUGGGCUUAUGUGGCCAAUGCCCUCUGUCCUUUUUCCCAAAAGCUCAGCUAGCCCAUCUGGGAGUUACAGUGGACUUUGAGGGCACCAUGCCAUAUGCAGAGUUACUGGGACCAGAGCAGAAAAAGGAAUGGGUAGCUCACCGAGCUUUCAUAGCACUGUUUGUUGCCAGCCACAGAGGUCAUGUUGAAACUGCCAAGUUUCUCCUGAGACAUGGUGCAGAUUUGCAUUCCAAAACCCCCCUAGGAAGGACUGCCCUUCACGUCGCUGCUGUCACAAGCCAGUGCGACUGCAUCGAACUGCUCCUAAGCUAUGGGGCAAGAGCUCUUAGCCCAGACAGCGAAGGACAAACGGCAGUGAGCCUUGCCCGCCUGUGGGGCCAGAAGCAGAGUGAACGCACCAUAGUUCAUUUCCAGUGCAGGAAGAGAUCCCCGGGCGCUGUGCCACCCUCUGGCGCUGUGAAUCGGGCCUUGCAGCAAAUGUCUGGUCCCAUGUCCUAAAAUACAUACGGACUAACUUGGUUCUGGCAAAUUUCAAGGGACAGUCAGUAACUUUCCCAGAGACCCACACUUCAGAUAUAGGUCACUGGGUGGGAUUUCUAGGUUUCAGUUAUGAAAUAAGCUCAUGUGCUGGUGAUGCUGCAGCUAAGAUGACAACUAACUUGACAGCACAGCUCUCAAACACACUUUUAAUUUGUAGCUCAAGUAUUUAUAACGUUGUUUCCUAGCCAAACCGGCCAUUUAGUUAAUACGGGUUGUAGGAGAGCUCGAGCCUGUCUGCAGGUUCUUUGGAAUGCUAGCAAGGAUAAUUUCCUAAUAGUUGGCAACAGACCAGGAUGAUACAGUUUAAUGGGUAUUUCAGGGGACUGGAAAUCCCUAGAUCUUUAAUCCUGUUCUGGCCCUGGCUGGCUUUAUUGCCUCUGGCAGAUCAGUUAAGGGUUAUUUUAUAAGUAGGGCAGUUUGUCUGCCAUGGGAGAGUGCAGGCAAAGUUGAUGCACAUGUAAGUGGCUAAUUAUCAUUGCCCAGUGCUUGCUUAGUGUCUCCCAACAUUUUUAGCCUCAGGGCUUUGAAGGUUGGGGUUUCCUGAAGCCAGUGGUGGAGUGAAGGGACUUGCUUGCCCAUCUGCAUUCAAAGUUUCUUAGUAUCCCAGAUCCCUUAGAUACUUUAAAAAUAAAAAUACUACUUACAGUCUCUCUAUGAUCAGUAGAAGGAAGCUGAGCUUGUAGUCUGUUUCCUGAGGUGUUACUAAGAACUCAGUGCUCAAUGUUGAGGAGUUUCUAUUGUUUUGCUUGAAGAGACAUUUUUCCAAAGAACUUGGCACUUUCAAUUAACCACCGAAGAGGUGAUUCUCAGUGGGAGCUGAGCACUCCUGAGAACUUGGCGCACUGCCUUUUUGCUUGCAAAGCCCCAUGCAUAGGGAGACUAUGCAAAUAACUAACCUGAGUUGUUCAUGUUUCCUUGUGUCAGAGCAUUUUCUUUAACUGAUACCAGGAUUGCUACAUAAAUAUCCAGGUAAUUAGUGAAUUUUGGUCUCAAUACUUUUUGUGUUCCAGAUCAGUGCCUGGGAGUAGCUAUAUCCAGAACGUGAUAAAAAUCAUGCAGCAUUGUCUUUUAUGAAUAGGUGAAAUGAGGAUCAGAAAGAAGCUGGCUGUGAACUUUGAUACCUUUAGUUUAUAUCCCUUAAGGGAGAGAUUGUGGCUAAUGGUCUGGACUAAGAAUUGACUUGAAUGCUCCCAGCUUUGCUCUGUGCACUGAAUGAAUAGAGGCAAGUUACAUAGACCUAGUCCUGUAGGAAGGGCUGCAAAGCAGGACAUCGUAGUACCCAAGCAAAGGUGCCCUAUAUUCCAGAAAAAAACCCGUGGGAUCUGAAUAAUGUUCCCAUGUAUGUUUCUUGUCAGAUGGUCCCAGAUAGAAAUAUGGAGUGUUGCUCAGGGUGAGCACAGUAAGCGUGAUGUGGCAGGUAUCCAGGCAUGUGGCUGCCUAGUUCAGAGACAGAUAGUUUAGUCUGUCCAGGGAAUCAUUUCCCUGUGCUCACAGUUCUCAGCUUCCUGGAAGUAAGUCCCUAAGCCUAGUUUCCAUGUUAGUAAAUUUAAAAUACUAACCUGGAAUACUUUAAAAAUGCAGCUCCGUCCCCUAAGCACUUGUCUGCCUCAUUCAGGGUGGAGGGUUGGAUGGAUACCUAGUCUGAAAGCAGGGCUUUGAGCCUGCCUUGGAUCUUCCCUGCCACCAGACUAUGUGCUGUUCAUAGAACAGCGUGCGUGAACCAGGAAUGGAGGCUGAGAAAUAAAAAACCCACAGAUUCAAUCUCUAGAGCGAUCUAACAAAAAUAUCCCUUCAGCUUUUUUUGUAAACUGAAAGGGCUUUGAGUGAUUGUUUUACUUCUCUGUUGCUAUUGCUUUCUUUUCCUUCAGUUUAAAAGGUCUCAACGUAAAGGGAAAAUCCCUAGUUGUUCUUUUGAAUAGCCUGAAGUUAUACAACGGAAGUUGCAGGAGUGGGGCAAUCAUGGCAGUCGGUGGGAGCAGGGCCUCCAGAGUGGUCUGCAGGACAUGUGUGCCCUCUCCUCCCUAGGUCUGUGUUGUGUUCACCAUUCCUCUAUGAAAAAUUGCUGUUUGUGUUUGAGCCAUAUCUUCUCAGUUGCAUCCAGUUGUGAAGAUAAUCUACCCAGAGUUUCAAAAGUAGCAGCCCUGUAUUCCUUCUGAAUUGGUAUUUGUACUUAAAUUUUCUCAAAUCUAAGAUGAUAAAUACCUCUUAUCUUUCCUUAUUUUAAUCAACUAAUAAAGCAAGGUCCAGAACUUCAGGCUAUGGGAAGUACCACUUCUGUACUGUGAUUCCAGAGGACACACAGUAAUGCUUACACAUGCCGACAUCAGUCUGAACAAAUGAGCGCAGAAUUCCUUUGGUUUGAGGGCAUGCCUUCAUGGUGUCAUCUAAACAAAGUUCACUUGAACAGGUUUUACACUGAUGAUUAAUUCUAGUGACUUAUGUAGUUGUUUAAUAACUGCUUUGGAGAAUGAGAAGAUCACAAAUUUUAUCAAAGUGAUCAGUAGACAAGAUAAAAAAAAGAUGGUGCUUCUGGCAUUUUGCUGAGCAGUUGAACAUUGCAAGCAGGAUUAUACAGAGAAGUCCUUAAAAAUCCUUUAUUCUUUCUUCCUAUUGUCUGUCUAGACUGUCUAAUCUGUACCAAGCUUCUAGAAACGGAGAGAGGAUUUGUAGUUGCUUUUAGACAUUAUGCAGCAUGCUGCGUAGCUCUGGGAAAGAACAGUGAAUGUCAUAUGGAGAGAUCUGGGUGACCUCAGGACAGGAAUGCCAGGAAUGGCAGGAAAUUAUGUACUGUGUGAUUAUGUAGUUAGGGCCAAAUAGCAAGUAUUUUUUGCUGGAAGCUGGAGACUCAUCCAUUGGAAAGAACAGAACAGAAGUCACCAAUGUGUUGCAGCUGGGAAAUGGAUUGGUGCGCACCAAUCUAAAAUUGUAUUGGGACAAAUUAGAAGAGAAUUAAUGUGUGGGCAAGACAAGCUCUGGAACAGCAUGUGCUGUUUUGGUUAGGCGAGAAAGGUGAACUCAAGCUAGAAGAGACACCUAAAUUAACCAGGGGAAAGGAAGGAGUUCCUUUUCCUGAGAGAGCCAGGAGAGUAUAGCAUAGCUGAUAGAAGGGACCAUGCAAGGAUAGUGUUGCUCUUUAUCUAAGAUGAUAAAUGCCAAGGAGAUAAAUAAGCUAUUCACACUGAAGGAAACUGCUGGGAUAAUAAAACCAGAAAUCAGAAUGUUUCGCAGGUCUUGUUAGAGAGGAGUGGGGCAAAGAGAUCUAACUAAACGUGUGCCUUUAAGAAUGCUGUUGUGUGACAGGAUGGUCUGGAAAACUGUUUGGACUACGUGGCAGCCAUUGUUGAAUGCUGAUUUUAUUUGUUGUUUAAGGUUUCUAUUCCAAAGAAUAAAAAUUGGAUGUAGACAAAGCAGAUAAUGUUGCCUGUCUUAAAGUAACCAGCUAUGCUGUAGUGUGCACCAGAUAAAAACAUCAGGGGAGACAGCAGACUGAGAUGCACAGCUCAGACAGAAAUGUGACUGUUGAAGAGACUGAGGCUCUGGAUUCUUGAAAUCUAUGCUCAGCUCUGUCGCUGCUUCAUAUGUGAUCUUGGGAACUUGAUUUCUCUCUUGUAUAGUAUCAGGACUCCUUGAAAAUGUUGUUUCUCUAUUGCAUUGGUGUGCAAAAGUCUGUUUCUGGAAGGGAAGCUGUAAUAACUUUUUCAAGGAAACAAAUAGGUAAGCAAAAGAUUGGUGCAUUUUUGCAUUGCAACCAUUACUUUAUCUUCUCUAUGCUACAGCACAGGCAAAGGAUCAGUCUCCAGAAGACUUUAGCAAGGACUUGUUAAUGAACUUUGGGUUCCUCAGAAAAGAAACAGGGAGAUCAUUAUGGAGAAGAAAAGGGACUAAAACCGCCUUGAGUCUAAUUAUGCCCAGGGCAGGAGAAACAUCACAACUGUCUCCUAAUAUUAAGAAAUCCAGAACAACUCUUUUGGAAGGACUGUGGUUCCCCUGGAUGCAAAAGGCAGUAACUUAAAUAAAGAUGACAAGCACAGGAAUAAUUCAUCACACUUUCUUAUCGUUACCAGCUUACCCCCUUUCCUUGCCUGGGCAGACUCCCAGUAUUACUCACAGCCGUCAUGCUGACUGCUGUUCCCCCAGAGCCUUGAGAAAGCGAAGGCUCAGCAAGCCUGAAACAGUGACUGCUGCUAUUUAGGGAUAGUCACUGUAGCCAAGUGAGCCUUGGGUCUCUCUCAACUGUCACCUUUCAUACUUUCAAACAUCAGUGAAAUGUUCCCCAAACAUUUCCCAUUCCCUAGAAAUGUUUCACCUGAGUUACACCCCAAACUUGCUUAUAUUUACUUUGUCCCUCUGAGCUUCUCCCAUGUGGAUGCUGCAGUAGAGAAAGGCUUGGUGCUGUUGCCAAAAGUGAGAUACUAUGAGGAUGUGCAUAGUGGUGAAUGGAUGCAUCUGUAAGGAAGUAGAAGUAUAGCAGAGUCUAUGUUGCAGCAUUAAUUUUCAAGUGUCUUGCUGCUUCAUAUACCAAGGGCCCCAGCUGAAUGAAUGAUGUGUCUCCCUGUAUAUAGUGUGGAUCUCACCCACUGGACCAAGAGCUGUGCUUUGCUUUAGGCAGCAGACAAGCCUCUCCCUCUGCUCCCAGUUCAUAGUCCUGAAACUUAUUUGGUAUUAAAGUUUCUUUCAAUGAAGACAGAGAGGUAAUUUUUUUUAAAAUGUGCUAUUUAUCAGUGGAACUUCUAUACCUGCGGGGUAUCCAGACUCAGGCAACACCUGAGUAGAGUUUUCUGCUCAUAUGUUUUAUCAACACUGCUGGAAGCCUAACACCACUGUUGGUCUUGUCUUACUUGUGAAAUACAGCCUACAGCAGACCUCCCAAUGGAAACUGAAUAUUGAAACUUGAGAGCAAAGACCUGUCAUUACUUUGGCAUUGCACAAAUAACUUGUUAGCUCAGUGAAUUUUUAAAUAGAAAAAAAGAGCAAGCUGCUUGUUAUACCUGUUCCAUAUUUAUCAAUAGACAACAGUAGUGCAGAACACUGUGGCAAUCAUUACAUUCAUUUCUUAAAGUGAAUCAAAUGAAGAGAAAUUGUUAAAUGUUAGAGUACAAUAUAGCUUAUAAAACCCAACAGACAUCAGGAAACUUGUACUGAUUGGGCUCUUAGAUGUUGUUUUCCUCUUGCUUAGGAAAGAGAAUUGUAGUCAGCUUGCAAUCUUCCUGACAUUGUUCAUGAAGGAAGCAGACAAAAAGUACCAAUGAAACAGAAGGGCUGCAAUUUAGUUAAUUUUAUGCAAAACACAAUCAGCAUUCAAACUGGGAGUUACCAAGCAGAAAUGUAUUGAUAGAGAAGCCAAAAUAUUCUCUGUGCAUAAAUGGUGAAAUAUUAAAACAAAAUUUCAAAGAGACUCCUGGAACUUAUGUAACUAUAGGCCAGAGAAGAUGCAAGGGUGAAGUUUGACACUAUCAAAGUCAAGAGGAGUUCAGAGAGGCUGUGAUUUAAUGCCCGACACCCUAGGCCAUGCCUCUAUAUGGUAUGAACCAGUGCAGCUCUGGUCUAACAGACCUUCUAUCAGUGAGGA